AUGGCUUUAAUCACAUUAUCAUCAUCGGGUGCGACCACAUGGAGUUCUUGUUAUGGCUGUGUAUUCGAUUGGGUUGGAUGGGUCAUGGAGUCUAAUGGGACUAUUGUUGAAAUUGAAGCUGAUUUACCGGAAAAACAACGUAAUGACUUCCUAAUUUCAGUGAAAGAAUCACAAAAAAAACAUCAUAAUACUUUCCAAAUUGCAACAAGAAAAAAACAGGAAAAAAAAUAA